UGUUGCUUCCGGGACUAGGCUGUCGGUUCCUUCCUUUGAAGUGCGCUGUUUUACGCUGAGCCCAGAACGUAUUGGAAUAGCCUACAGGAGAGACCUACGGUAUGGCAUGGCAGACUGAAACAUUUGCAAAGAAAAGGGGGAAACUAAGCAGGAUUUUUUUCCCCCUGGAAAACUACAUUUUUCUUUCUGCAGCUAACACGAAAAAAGUCGGACUGUGAAGGGGUCUGUCGUGGAAUCGACUAUUGUGGAUUAUUUUUCUGUGGAUAAAAAAACGGAUACUUUUGGAAGACCGGACUCGUGGAUCGAUGAGAGAAGACUGGCAGAGAAGCUCCCCGGCUGACUAUAGAGAGUGAGGAGAUUGUUGUAGCGCUCAGAGGCGAACAACGCACAGGAUUUCUGUUGCUGCUGCCUUCGGAGCCAUGAGCAGAGCGCUUAUAUCGGACCAUAUCGCCAAUAGCUUCCGAGAAGAUGCUCCCCGUCCCCCGGUCCCGGGGGAGGAGGGCGAGGUGCUGCCGUGCUACCCCGGCAAACUCGCCAUGAUGAGACCCCAGGGUACCGCGGUCAAAGCGCUAUUGCUCGCGCCUCCCGGUUACAUUGCGAAGAGGAACGAGGAUGGACUUGGGGAACCCGAGGGGAGCGCGUCACCGGAUUCGCCGCUAGCCCGGUGGACCAAGUCGUUGCAUUCUCUUCUUGGGGACCAAGACGGUGCUCAUCUUUUUAGGACAUUCCUGGAGCGCGAGAAAUGCGUCGACACUUUAGACUUUUGGUUCGCCUGUAAUGGUUUCAGGCAGAUGGACCUCAAGGAUACCAAAACGCUGCGAGUCGCCAAAGCUAUUUACAAGCGCUAUAUUGACACCAGCAGCAUAGUUGCCAAGCAGCUCAAGCCUGCGACCAAAACCUUCAUUCGGGAUAAUAUCAAGAAGCAACAGAUUGAUUCGGCUAUGUUCGACCAGGCACAGACUGAGAUCCAGACCAGCAUGGAGGAGAGCCCCUAUCAGAUGUUCUUGACCUCGGACAUUUACCUCGAGUAUGUGAGGAGCGGGGGCGAGAACCCUGCUCAUGUCAACCCUAACGGGCUAGGUAGCCUGAAGCUGGUGUGUGGGUACCUGCCCACCCUGAAUGAGGAAGAGGAGUGGAGUUGUAAUGAUUUCAAAGCCAAAGCGCUGGCUUCUGUGGUUGGACUUUCUGCCCAGGCGCUGAGGGCAACAGUGUCUAUGAGAACGGUGGAGGUGAUGGAGAAGGGGUACAGGUCCCACAGGCGAGGGGACCCGGUCAACCCGUACCAUGUGGGCUCAUUUGCCCCAGCCACCAGCACCAACGACAGCGAGGUGUCCAGCGACGCCAUGACAGACGACUCCAUGUCCAUGACCGACAGCAGUGUAGAAGGCAUCCCUCCCUACAAGCUUGGCUCCAAGAAGCACAUGCAGAGAGAGAUGCAGCGCAACAUGAGGAUGAACAGCCAAGUCUCCCUACCUGCCUUCCCUCGGUCACAGAGAUGUCCUAAGGAGAUGACUCCGGUAGAGCCGGCAGCGUUUGCGUCUCAGCUCAUCUCUCGUCUGGAGCGUCUGAAAAGAGAACAGGAGACCAUGAGUUCCCUGGAGGAGAGGCUGCAGCAGAUGCAAGAGGAGGAGGAGAGGGACGAGGCUGAGGUGCCCGGCAGUAGUGCCCCCCUGCUCUCCCCCCACCCCCUGUCCCUCCAGCCCACCGGCCCCAACGACGAGGACCCCCAGGCCAUUCUGGACGACCACCUGUCCCGUGUCCUAAAGACCCCUGGCUGCCAGUCCCCCUCCACAGUGGCCCGCCAUUCACCCCGCUCCCGCUCUCCAGAGCACAGGACUCUUUCCCGGGGAGGCCCCGGUCUCAAGCCCCUGGUCUCACCCGGGGCCUCCAGCCCCAGUGGCACCUCCAGCUUAGGGGGCUUCUCAGUAGGUUUCACCCCAGGAAGGGCCCUCUCCCUGGGCAGGCCCAGCAGCAGCACCAAGCACAUCCACCACCACUACAUCCACCACCAUGCCGGUUCCAAGAGCAAGGAGCAGAUGGAGAGAGAGGCAGCCCAGAGGGUGUUGUGUCUGUGUCCGGUGCGGUCUGGAGGGGCGGAGGGGGGUUCCCCUUACCCUCGCAGUCGCAGCCUGGGCAGGGAGAUGGUGUCCUGUGGCAGCAGUCCCGCAGAGUCCAAUAUGGGGCGCUCCAGUUCCCUUUCCCGAGGGGGUUGUCGGUCGGGGGCUGAGGAGGGGGCAGCAGAGGGAGGUGAGGUCGUGCCCCUCCAGCGACCCAGCGACAGCACAGACCGCUCCCAGAAUGUGUGGCAGUGGAUCCUGGAGAGUGACCGGCAGGGCAAGCACCACAAACCCCACAGUACCCAGAGCACUAAGAAGGCGUAUGGCGGCGGAGCGGCGUCCAACCAGACACACACGUGGGGCGGCGGAGGUGCCAGCGCCCAUCUCCGUGCCCACCAGCCCGCCCAUCCCUUCAUCCAGGACCCGGCCAUGCCCCCCCUGCCCCCGCCCAACACCCUGUCCCAGCUGGAGGAGGCCUGUCGCAGACUAGAGGAGGCCUCCGUCUCCAAACCCCCCAAACAGAGACACUCUACAUCCAGCCUCCAGAGAGAGAAGUGCCACCCUAUGCCUGUCCAGAGUGGGCCCUGUCCAGUGCCGUCCCCCCUCACCCCCGGUCCCGGCUCCGGUCCUGCUGCUUCUCUCCAAACAGAAGAACUGAGAGACACCAACAGGGUGCUACAGGUGACGACAGGCUGCCAUGUUGCUCCAGCCAUGGGGAGUGAGACAGAGGUAACCUACUUCUUCUGUGGUGAGGAGAUCCCCUACCGUAGGCGGAUGAAGACACACAGCCUCACACUGGGACACUUUAAAGAACAGCUCCGCAAGAAGGGACACUACAGGUACUACUUCAAGAGGGCCAGUGAUGAGUUUAAGUGUGGAGCUGUGUUCGAGGAGGUGUUGGAUGACAGCUCUGUUCUGCCCAGGUACCAGGGGAAGAUCCUGGGCAAGGUGGAGAGGAUGGACUGAUACCCCUCCAGAAGUACCAGAGGAAUGUAUAACAGAAACACUCCAUGGACACCACCCCCCUGUUCCACCAGAGUCUUAAAGCAAAGGACUGAUGACUGGAGAUUCUGUUGAAGAAGCUUGGCCAAUGAAGAGUGGAGUCGAGGAGUCGAG